CUCCAACAUCUCACCGUACACUAGGUGGGAGGCUAUCAAUCAUACCAUCAAUCUUCUAGAUUUUUAUUUCAAUGUACCUAUCUUGUUUUCGAUAAAAUCACAGCAUUUUAGUUUAAAUAAGCGUCAAGAUUGUUUUGAUUGUUACUGGAAUUUGUACAGAUCACUUAAAGCCUCACAGCGAUAGCGGGUCGUUUCAUCGUCAUUUCAGAGCACAAUCUACACCACACACCGCACAUUCGCCAUGGCGACUGAGAAACAAGACUAUCAGUCGUAUGAGGAGAUUCAUAUCAUAACCCAUCGGCGGCCCAAAACGCAUCGACGAUAUUGUCUCGCUCUAAUUCUCGGCCUAGUCUCAGGAGCGGCGCUGUUACUGCGUUUCUGUGGAUCCAAACCUACAACCCUACUUGGUUCGAUAUGGCCGACAACAGUAAGGCACGGUGAAUUCAACUUAUAUAAGCACCUGGGACACCGAUCACCCUACUUUGUUCCUUCAAACACCCCAGAAACAUUGCUAUCAGGCACACCUCCUGGCUGCACCGUAUCCAAGGCAUUCCUUGUUCACAGACAUGGAAGUCGGCACCCUCACGCUGGAGAGCUGACCAUUAUCCAAAACUUAUCAUAUUACAUCAAUAACAACAGCGCUCUAUUUUCCGACCCACAAUCUCAGCUUCCGGACGUCUGGUCUUUUCUGGCGGAGGGGUGGAAUAGCACUUUAGGCGUCGAUGACCUUACGGCCUCUGGUCGGAAGCAAUUAUUCGACCAUGGCGUCGCACUAAGGCUACAUUACCCAGACUUGUACACCGAGGCUGAUGUACUAGCAGGCGAAGAAGACCGGGUUGUAGAGUCGGCUAGGUGGUUCAUGGACGGGUACUAUGGUCGCGACUCAAACGCCACCGCCACUCUAAGCGUUGUGGGUGAAAACGACGAUACGGUCAGCUGGAUCACGCCUCACUACACUUGCGAAAAGUGGGAUGAAGGCUUUGGCGCAGAUAAGCUUUCUAAGUGGCGUUCUGUGUAUUUGCCGCCUAUCGCAAAGCGCAUCAAUGAUACGCUUGCCAAAGCUUAUCCAGGUGUUGAUUUUACUAGCGAGCAUGUCCAUGGUAUGUUAUACGCGUGCGCGUACGAGACGGCGGCCUACGGUAUCGGCUCGUCCUCGUGGUGCAAUGUCUUUCUACCUGAGGAAAUAUUGGAUAACGAAUAUGAAUCCGACCUCCAGAUGCGCGGGUUCGCGGGCUAUGGACUGCCUGGUGAGAUGGGCACGGUCCUUGGUAGUCUUCUGGUCAGCAAUAUGACGGGUUUCCUGGAGAAGGAUGGAGGGCCGAAACUCUCGUUGGGAUUUGGUCAUGACAAGACUAUCGCACUUGGGUUGACUGCAUUGGGACUUGCGUCUGAUAAGUCAUAUCCGUCGACUGGACCGGCUGAUCCGGAUAGGGAGUGGCAAGCAGGGAAACUAAUGCCUUUCGGUGCGUCGAUGUUUUGGAAACGGUUAGAUUGUGGCGAUGAGAGAAGAAUUCAAUUGAUCAUGGACGGCGCGAAUUUUGGCUUGGGGGAAACGGGUUGUAAGAUUGAUAAGUACGGUUCUUGCACUUUCGAGGACUUUCGGAAAACAGCUGCUGUAAAGGCAGCUCUUAAAGUUACACAUGACAACAAGAGAUGGAAGAAAGUCUGCCGCUAGGUUUGGGUGUUGAUUUAUUCUAUCAAGGUCGAUGGACAGUGGUGAAAUAGGGGUCCAACAACGAGGAGACCAGGGUUAUCGUUUUUGCUCCGCGCUAUUAACACGGGGUCAGUUCUGGAGAGCAGAGUACAGGUCCUGAUUAUUUCGCGAAGUCUUGAAGCACUUUACUAACGAUUUCUAACGAAUUUAUGAAUAAAUUUAUCAUGUAAAUUAAACCAAGACGAUCAAACCAAUGCUUCCGUUCCCUGGUGUUAUCUCAUAACCCUCCCCGACAACGCUAAGGUGCGGAUAUCGGCGGGAUAUGCCCACCUCUCUAUUUCCCCACCUAGUUACGUCGGUAUCAAGAACUAAACGGAAGAUGAAUAUCGGAU